GUCUGCGCCUGCGCGGCCGCUGGUCGCCGGCUCGCCGACCUGCGGGUUGGCGGCUAUCGGGCGCGGAGCCGGGCGCCCGCUGCAAUGGGAAAUCCAGUAUCAAAAUUGCAGAAGAAAGAACCUAACAGACCAGUAACAAUGGAAGAAAUUGAGAAAGUUCUCAAAAAGCUACCAUCCCCCAAAACACCAGGCCCAGAUGGUGUUACAGGUUAAAAGUAUCCUUCAUGAAGAAGAAAGAUCUUAAGCAACAUGGUGGAUUCGGAAGCUCAUGAAAAGAGGCCACCCAUCCUGACCUCUUCAAAACAAGAUCUGUCCCCUCAUAUUGCUAAUGUUGGUGAGAUGAAGCAUUACUUGUGCGGCUGCUGUGCGGCUUUCAACAACGUAGCACUCACAUUUCCCAUCCAGAAGGUGCUCUUUCGGCAGCAGCUGUAUGGCCUCAAAACCCGGGACGCGGUGCUUCAGUUGCGGAGGGACGGCUUUCGAAACUUGUACCGUGGGAUCCUGCCCCCACUGAUGCAGAAGACAACUACGCUGGCGCUUAUGUUUGGGCUGUACGAGGACUUAUCCUGCCUUCUCCGAAAGCACAUCAGUACCCCUGAGUUUGCGACCCGCAGUGUGGCCGCAGUCCUCGCGGGGACAACAGAAGCAAUUUUCACUCCGUUGGAAAGAGUUCAGACGUUGCUUCAAGACCACAAGCAUCAUGACAAAUUUACAAACACUUACCAGGCUUUCAAGGCGCUCAGAUGCCAUGGAAUUAGAGAGUAUUAUCGAGGCUUGGUGCCUGUUCUUUUCCGUAAUGGAUUCAGCAAUGUCCUUUUCUUUGGCCUUCGAGGUCCCAUUAAGGAGCAUCUGCCUACUGCAACGACUCACAGCGCACAUUUGGUCAAUGAUUUUAUCUGUGGAGGUCUGUUGGGGGCCAUGUUGGGAAUCUUGUUUUUCCCAGUUAAUGUUGUGAAAACUCGCAUGCAGUCUCAGAUUGGUGGGGAGUUUCAGUCUUUUCCCAAGGUUUUCCAGAAAAUUUGGCUAGAGCGGGACAGGAAGCUGACGAAUCUUUUCAGAGGUGCUCACCUGAAUUACCAUCGGUCCCUCAUCUCUUGGGGCAUAAUCAAUGCAACUUAUGAGUUCUUGUUAAAGAUUAUAUGAAAGAAAUCAUCAGUUAAGUGCCAUUUAUUAACUGGAUAGACCUAAGAAGAAUACGGUUUGGCCUUGUUCCUAAUUGGCGAAAUAUGAGUUGGUGUCAGAAGUUCAGGGCACAGUGAAUUAUGGGCAAAGCUGUUUUCUUGAAGCACCAACAAAUUCAGAAUAAAAGGUUCUAAUAGGAA